CAGGUUCUGGGUCCCGGGUCCCCAGAGAGGUGAGUCCGCGGCCGGUGGGCGCGGGUUGCGGGGCCGUCGGCGAAGCUGCCGCCUCAGGCGCGGCCCCGGCCUGCACGCAGCCACGAAGCUGAGCCGCGCGCCGGAGAGCCCGCAGCUCCGCCUCGCCAGGGGCAGCCGGGGCGCCCUCAGAGGCCGGAGCGAGUGGGCCUGCCGGGCGUCGGGAGCGAGCCGCCGCCGUGCUCAGCCUGCCUUGCUGCGCGUGGGGGUUCCGAUCCCUCCACUCCGGCACGCGCAGCCCCGCGGCUCCGGGCGACGUGCUCGAGGUCGGUGCAGCCCGGGUGCCGCGGAGCUGGCGCAGGCCACCUGUGUGACAACUUGAACUUUUCCUAGGAUUUCCCGACCGCCAGAUGGAUCACCUUGCGCAGUUCCUCUGAGACCUCGUAGACCUCGUGCGUUUAUCGAUGAAAUAAAAAGCAAGAUUUUCCCCAGUUCCUUUUAGAACGUUAUGACUUUUCUCCAUUUGGAGACAGCUCAGGAAACUGCCAGAGGGACAGACAGCUCCUCUCCAUCGGGCCCUGCGUUGUCUUCGGGAGCUUGGGGCCUGUAUGUGCCCCGCCCUUGCUGACAUCUUUCCAGCGUUUAGAGACACUUGUCCAGAGUCAUGAUCUUGAAGGCUUGAGCCGCUUGCCAGGAGAGAGAGGCUGUCUCCUGAGCCCCAAGAUGGCGGCUAAGAUGGAGAUAACUUUGAGCUCGCAGUCCCACAUUCAGGCCUCCUCCAAGCCAGAGAGACACAUAAUAACAAAGCUGGAAGAGAAACGGGGACCCGCUCUGCAAAAGGACCGCCCCGAUCCCGAGCUCUCCCGCCAGAGCUUCCGACGGUUUUGUUACCAAGAGGUGUCUGGACCCCAAGAGGCACUCGCCCGGCUGCAGCAGCUCUGCCGUCAGUGGCUGCAGCCCGAGCUGCACACCAAAGAGCAGAUAUUGGAGCUGCUGGUGCUGGAGCAGUUCCUGAACAUCCUGCCCUCGGAGAUUCAGGCUCGCGUCAGGCAUCGAUGUCCAAUGAGCUGCAGGGAGAUUGUGACCCUGGUGGAAGAUUUUCAAAGAGCAGCCAAGAGACCAAAGCAGUGGGUGGCCGUGUGUAUGCAGGGGCAGAAGGUGCUCUUGGAGAAAACUGGAUCUCAGCUUGGAGAACAGGAACUACCAGACUUUCAACUGCAAGCUCCUAGGAGGUUUCCCCGGGAGAGUGCUCUGGAGGAGCCUUCCCAGGCGGGAUCUCCGGACCAGCUGAGCUCUCAUCAUUGGGAAAAAUCCACACUCCUCCAGGAACCAAGCCCCAGAUUGGCUGGUACAGAGGCCCCCAGAAUGAAAAGUGACAACAAGGAAAAUCCGCAGCCAGAGGGGGCUAAAGGAGGGAAGCCAUGUGCCCUGUCCCCUGGCAGACCCAAAGGUAACGGUCUGCAGAGUCCCGAACCGAGAGGGGCGAAUAGGAAUGAACCCCGGUUGUCACGGAGGCAGGUCAGCCCCCCGAAUGCUCAGAAGCCAUUCGCUCACUACCAGAGACAUUGCAGGGAACUGGAGUACAUCAGCAGCCCCCUGAAAAGCCACCCGCUGAGAGAGCUGAAGAAAAGCAAAGGGGGCAGAAGGAGCCUGAGCAGUCGCUUGCAGCGCCUUGGUCACCAGGCGGCCCGCUCGGCAAAGAAGCCUUACAAAUGUGAUGACUGUGGGAAAAGCUUCACAUGGAAUUCGGAGCUGAAAAGACACAAGCGGGUGCACACAGGGGAGAGGCCCUACACGUGCGGAGAGUGUGGGAACUGCUUUGGGCGCCAGUCAACGCUGAAACUGCACCAGAGGAUCCACACCGGGGAGAAGCCCUACCAGUGCGGCCAGUGUGGGAAAAGCUUUCGCCAGAGCUCAAACCUCCACCAGCACCACAGACUCCACCACGGGGACUGAAAGCGGGGCUUCGUUCUCUCCGUUCAGAAGGAAGGCAUCCGAAUUUCUCCUUCCCUUACUUGCAUGUAAAUCCCAGGGUGUCUGUGUGACUUACAAGGAAAGCAAGAAGUCCCUGAGGGAUGCGGUGCACGUUUGGCCCGUGAGGAGUUCCAGAAGAUGCCGAGGGGGACGUGACCGUGUCGGUGACAGGGUGAAGUGGCAGGUCUGGGCGUUGGGUCAGAGAGAACUGGGGUCUCUGUUGGAGAGCAGGGAGCGACCGCUGAGAGGAUCCGGCCCAUCCCGCAGGUGCCCCUCCCCCCACCUUGGUGUGCAGUCAUCCCCCUGCCGCUUUAUUUAUUCUCUAAAUACGUUCAAGGGGAAAUUCCGUAUGUAUAUACCUGAUGUACUUGCUGUCGUGCCCGACAGUCUUUACCGCACACGCACUUCGGUAAUAACGAUCAGUGAUUUCAAGGCAAAAGCUCAUUGGAAUAUAAAUCCCCUAAUACUCUUUCUGUCAUUGCUGGCCGUUCAUAAUAAAGGACACAUGAAGCGAGAGCAUAAACGUGUUUGUGUGAGGACAAGAUUCCCAAGUAAGUAGUUCUCCACACGCGUGCGCACACACAGUGAGGGGAGCCCUCACUGCGCUCCUUCCUCAGGCCGGUGAGGAAAUGUUAGAAAACUGGAUUCUUUCAGGACCUUUACUAAGAACCACUGAAAUGGGUUAAUUUUAGGAUGUGUAAAUUCUCUCUCAGUGAAGUUUCUAAAAAAGAAAACACAAAAGAUAUCUGCACUAAGUGUUCAGGUCCUGGAACGAGGCCAGAGUUGAUCUCGGUCCGUCCCCACAUUCUUUCGGAGUAAGAAUCCCAACCCGGUCGGUGUGGUCCUUAGUCGCCCACAGCAAACGAGUGGAUCUCGGACUUCCGAGAAGACCGCUGGUAGAUGGGUGCCUCCGGCGGGAAGCGGCCGUGUGGCGUUUCUUCUAAAGCGAGGAUACCCGAAUAUCCGCAGGUCCCUGCCGGCCUCUUCCAGGCCCUCUACUGUGCUGCAUCCUCCACCCCCAGGGGGCUCUGCGCACACCGUUCCCUUUGACCUUACGACCUGCAGCCCCCACCACUUCCUCCCUCUCCUGCCUCACAGGAGUGGCCUGCCCAGCAAAGCCUUCUCUGGGCACUUUUAUUGUGUCACUCCCUGCCUCACACCACACGCCGGUGCUGCUCACCCUGGGAGCAGAUUUGCCCCCCAGAGGACGUUUGGCAGUGUCUGGAAAUGCUUUUGGUGCUUAUGACUCGGGGGCAGGGAGCGGAGCUCCUGACCUCUAGUGGGUGGAGACCAGGAUGCAGCCGAGCGCACCGCAGUGCACAGGACAGCCCCACCACGGGGUCACCUGGCCCAGAGUGGCAGUAGUGCCGAGGUCGGGAGCUGUACUGUUCACGGUAAAGGCUCUUUAGGGACAGGAGCCAUAUUUUCCCAUCAUGUAGCUUUUGGACUGAGCCCACGCCCCACCAAGAGAAAUAGGUGUUGUUCUGUCAGGGCCAAGUCCUGAGUCAGAGAUCCUGGUGACGAUGUAUUGAAUGCAGUGGACAAAGCCUCUUGUCUUCUGGCCAGAGAGAGACUUAAUGGAAGCUCAUUGGCCUUUCUCGUCGUUUUUAGCGGACCUUUAGACUGAUUCACAGUCCCCAUCCCGGCAACCACGUUAGAUUUGAGAGGAGUUUGGGGUGCCUGGGUGGCUCUGUCACUUAAGCAUCUGACUUCGGCUCAGGUCAUGAUCUCACUGUCCAUGAGUUUGAGCCCCGCCUCAGGCGCUGUGCCGACAGCUCAGAAUCUGGAGCCUGCUUCGGAUUCUGUGUCUCCCUCACUUUGUCCCUUCCCCACUUGCCCUGUCUCUCUCUCUCUCAAAAAUAAAAUAAAAAUUUAAAGAAAAAAAAAAGGUUUUAGAGGAGUUUGCCCUCAUUACUCCUCCUGCUCCUUACGUCACCCCUGUCUGUUGCCUCUCACCGGUCAGGACCUCUUGAUUCCUCCUUUGUCCCCACCUCAUCCAUCUCCUUUUCCCAGGCCAAUUUUGCUGUCAUAAGGCCCCCUUAAUCAUAGUUAUGUCUGUAUCAGUUUCCCAUCGGCACUGUAACAGAUAGAUGAUCACAAACUUAGUGGCUUAAAACAACACAGUCUCUUAGAGUUCCAAGGGUCAGAAGCCCAACGUCAGGUUCACAGAGCCAAAAUUAAGGUGUCCGAAUGGGUGAAUCUGUUUCCCUGCCUUUCUGAGCUUCUAGUGGCCAUUGUGUUCUGUGGCUUGUGGCCCCCUCCUCCAUCUUCAAAGUGCAUGUCUCCAUUCUCUGACACCACAUCCCCUUGUCCUCUGACUCUUACCCUCUGGCCUCCCUCUUUAAACUGCUGUAAUGUUUAUAUUUGGGCUCACCCAGAUAAUCCAAGAUAAUCUCCCCGUCUCAAGAUUCUUAAUCAUAUCUGCAAAAAUCCCUUUUGCCCUAUAAGGUAACAUUCAUGGCUCCAGGGAUUAGGAUGUGGGCAUCUUCGGUUGGGGGGUUGGGGGGGCGGAUUUGGCCCAACCAUACCCAUGUGUUGAAUCAACUUGGUUAGUCAAAGAUCUCUUCUGAAAGCGAAUGAACUAGAUUUCCAGUCUUCUUAUUUAUUAAGAGUUGGAACAGGAAGACUUCUUUAAAUAAGAGCUUUGUUUGUUUGGUAUGUUUUGGAGAACUUUGUGUAUGUGCUCUCUCUCUUCUGCACACAAUCAGUGAUUGCUGAAUCUUAGGAGUGCCUGGAUGGCUCAGUCAGUUAAGCGUCUGACUCUUGGUUUCGGCUCAGGUUGUGAUCUUCUGGUUCACGGGUUCGAGCCCCGUGUCGGGCUCUGUGCUGACAACGUGGAGCCUGCUUGGGAUUCUCUGUCUCUGCCCCUCGCUCACGCUCUCCCUGUCUCUCUCAAAAAUAAGUAAACAUUUAAAAAAAUAAUUGCUGAAUCAUAAAGUCAAAUGCGGUCCUUGGAUAAAUGUGGCACAAUUGCCAAUCUGAAUCUCACUCCUUCCCAGAAGGUUUUCAAACCUGUGAUGCUCCCUUGUCUCUCCCAGCCCAGUUUUCCUCCAGCAGGUAAGGCUCAACUCCAGUGAGGAGAGUCUGAAGGGUGGAAGAAGACGCACAGCCACAUUUGCAGGUGUGCUCAGUUCUGCAGAUGUGGGGUUCUCCCCACCCCCCUGCCCUUGUGUGGAUGCACCGGAGGCCUCCGCACGGACCACCCACCUGCUGGCUCGCAGUUAGUGACCCCAUUUAAGUGAUAAUAUUUCUCCUCUUGUGUGCAUCCCUCACCCAUGAGCAACCUGAACGGUUUACUAUUUUCUGUGGGUUUGGCUUGUACUUAGCCAUGGGUGGGGUGACUCCUACUUGAGGUAUUCUGUUCCCCGGUUGCCCCCAGGGAGUCAGAGAAGGAAGCAUUCAUGCACAGGUUGGGGAUCUGGACCUCACAGAUUUCCCUGAAAAAGCAUUUUCCAUCUACAGCAGAUGAGGACUUGUAAAACUCUUCCCUUCAUACCAUUACCGUUCCCGACAGUCAACAACUCCCAAAUACCAUCCAGUACACAGUGUUGACAUUUCCCCCAAUGUUUCUAAAAGACAAAUGCUUUUUUUUUUUAGAGCUCUUUUGAGAUCUACUUCAAUAUAACAUUUGUCCCUUUAAAGUAUAUAGUUCAAUAAUUAUGGGAUCUUCAUGGAGGUGUGCAACCAUCGCCACAAUCUAAUUGAGAAUAUUUUCAGCAGCUAAGAAGGAACCCCAUCAUGUUGAGCGGUCGCUCCCCAUCCCUGUGUCCCCUGUGAACAGUGCCUUCCAGGUCCAUUCACAUCCUAGCAGGCAUCAGAACUUUAUCCUUUUCACUACCGAGUAAUAUUCCUCCGUGUGCAUGGACCGCUUUUGUUUAUCCAUCCAUCCAGUGCGGGACGUUUGGGUUGUUUUCACUUUGGGGCUCUUGUGAGUAGUGCUGCUGUGAACGCGCGCCCGAGGCUUUCUGUGAGCAUGUGUUUUCGUUUCUUGUGCGUAUAUACCUACGAGCGGAAUUGCCAGGUCGAAUGCUGACUUGACACUGAAGUGUUUCUGAGGAGCUGCCAGACUUUUUCACACAGCACCUCACGUCCCCACCUGAGGUGGGUGAGGGUCUCGGCUCCUCCACAUAUUUGCCAACACCUGUCACCGCCUCUCCGAGUGUGGCCGUGUAGUGGACGUGAAGUGCCGUGUCACUUGUGGUUUGGGUUGGCAUUUCCCUCAUGCUGCGCGUCUUCUCAGAUGUUUACUGCCCACUUGUGUAUCUUCGUUGGAGAGACGGCUAUUCACAACCUCUGCUCUUUUCAAAUUGGGUUGUCGUUCUCAUCGUUGAGUUGUAAGAGUCCUUUAUAGGUCCUGGAGUCAAGUCCUUCGCAGGUACAUGACUCGCAAGUAUCUUCUCCCGUUCUUUUGUAAUAUACUUUUGCACAAUUGCGAUGUAUCUUUUUUCAAAUAUUUAUUUAUUUAUUUAUUUAUUAAAAAAUUUUUUUUUCAACAUUUAUUUAUUUUUGGGACAGAGAGAGACAGAGCAUGAACGGGGGAGGGGCAGAGAGAGAGGGAGACACAGAAUUGGAAACAGGCUCCAGGCUCUGAGCCAUCAGCCCAGAGCCCGACGCGGGGCUCGAACUCACGGACCGCGAGAUCUGACCUGAGCUGAAGUCGGACGCUUAACCGACUGCGCCACCCAGGCGCCCCUCAAAUAUUUUUUUAAAGUUUGCUUAUUUUGAGAGAGAGAGAGAGCAAGCGGCGGAGGGGCAGAGACAGAGAGGGAGACAGUCCCUAGGAGGCUCUGAGCUGUCAGCCCAGAGCCUGAUGCGGGGCUCGAACUCACAAACUGUGACAUCAUGACCUGAGCCGCAAUCAAGAGUUGGACACUUAACUAAGCCACCUGGGUGCCCCUGCAGUAUAUCUUUUAAUGCAGCUGUCACUAGCCAAAAUACUGGUGACCAGUAUGGUCCCAAUUCCUGAAUUACUGGUGAAACAAGUGGAGACAAACCACUCCAAAUGUCACUCCUGGCUGUAGAAACGCCUCUGGGGCCAGAUAAGGGCAGAGCCCACUAGGCAAACCCAGAAGAACCUUCCUUGUCUUGGGAGUGAUUUGGCCGUAGUUGGACCUGAGGCAGCUUAGUAAACAAGCCAGAGGAGUGGCCUUAGUGCCAGGUUGAGACCGAGGAACAGCCUUGCACCCAGCUCUGUCAUUCUCCCACUUGGUGGCCUGGAUACGUCAUUUAAAACAUCCACACUGGGGCUCCUGGGUGGCUCAGCCCCGUCAGGUGUCCGGCUUGAGCUCAGGUCACGAUCUCGUGGUUCAUGAGUUCGAGCCCCGUGUCAGGCCCUGUGCUGACAGCUCGGAGCCUGGAGCCUGCUUCGGAUUCUGUGUCUCCCUUUCUCUCUGCCCCUCCCCUGCUUGCACUCUGUCUCUGUCUCUCUC